AUUUCACCUCUAGGGAAGUCAUGUCUCUCCUCUCAAAUGCGAUUACCCAGACCAAAGCAUAUCUCCUUGGCGUUGCUGCAUUUCCGCUGGGCAUAAGAGAUGGCCUUGCGCUUCCUCGUAAUGCGCUGUGCGCACUUGGCCAACGCCCCGGACGCAUCCAGCUCGUAGCCUGCACUCUUUGACGCUGACU